UGUCUGCCCACAGGUCAUCUUAAAAAGACAUCAUGGAUUUUAUGAAACAUAUGCAAUUAUUAGUAACAGAAACACACCCUAUAAUAAAGUGUGUAAUUGAUGAUGACCUGAAGAACCUCAAAAAAUUGCUGAAAGACAGUGACAUUAAUAAUCUCUUCCCAUGUGUGGAAUGUAAAGAUUCUAUAACCCCACUUAUAGCUGCUGUUGCAAAUGGCAAGUGGGACAUUUUCAUCUGGCUUCUUAAUGUUGAUGCAAACCCAAAUGUUGUGUCCAAAAAUGGCUUUACAGCUUUGCAUUAUGUUUCACUAUCUCAAGCGCCGCCAAUAUUUGUCCGCAAACUAAUUGAAGCUAAAGCUGAUCCAAAUGGAGUGAUGCAGAUACAGAUACAAGAUGUAUUUGGCCAGACAAUCUCACUCUCACCACUUCAGUUAGCUAUCAUGCAUGACAGGGAGGACAUUGUGAAAGAGCUCCUCUCUGCUGGUGCACUGUUAGAAGUGUUUCAUGGCACUUCUCCUGAACAUGUUCAAUGCAAUGGAAAAUUGGUUCAGGUGAUAAACAGAUUGGCAACCAGUGGAGAUGAACUAUGUUCAAAACUAAGAAAAAUUGUGGAACUGAAAAUUGCUUUGCAAAUGAAAACGCCUAAAGAAGUGUUUGAAACUUUUGGCAGUUACAUGUUGUAUGAGGAUCCUCAGACUCAUUUGACCAUAAUUGAACUGCUUUGUUGUGUAACUGGUAAAUAUACAGAAAAAUACCAACAGCUCAGCAUCAACUGGGUGAAGAAACCUGAAAUGUUCAACUCCUACAUCAAAGGGGCAGUGAGUCGCCUUCCAAACAUUCCCGAAGUAUAUCUAUAUGUACCCAUAAAAUGCUUACUUGCUGUCUUCUGCACAAUGGAGGAGAUAGCAACUGAGCAAGCACUCGUGAUUAUUCCCCAACUACUGGAUCAACUCAAGCCCAAAAAUGGACUGAAUAUGAAGCCAGUAGUAGACAUUCAGCAAAUCAUAUAUUUGAUCACACAGAAAACACAAGUCACAAAUGAAUGGCAUCCCAACUUUAUUGAGAAGUUGUGCAACACAGUUGUUCCUUUUGUGAAGGAUCAAUACUCCACUGAUGUCCGCAUCUACACCUAUGGCAUAGUUGCUAACUUGCUUUCUGUUGAACAAGCUGUAAGCAUCUUUACAUCAGUGGGGAUCACAUCAGUGCCCGAAGACAUCCUAACAUCAGCAGAUAUGAAAAUGAACGAUAAGCUGAAAGAGGCUCUCAGACGUUUAAAAAACUAUUUGAGAAAACUGAAUGAAGAGAGUGAGGAUGGUGCAGCUGUACCCGAAUCCAGGAAGAAGAAGAAGAAGAAAAAGAAGAAGAAGAAGGAGGAGAAAGACCAGCACAACAACCAAAAUGUUGAAGUUUGUGGUCCUUCAACUGAUCCAGCAGCAGUUCCUUGUAAACCAGUGGGAACACAAGAACCACCACACAUUAGCAAGAGGUGGAGGGAGAAGUUAGAGAAGCUUGCAAACACUGAUGAAACCAAAGUGACCAGAAUUGAGAGCAUUAUGUACAUGAAUGAUGCAGAAUUUCGCAUAGCCAAGGGAAGUGAUGGCACUGAAGUUUUCUUGGGGCUGAGAAGUGAUGGCACUGAAGUGGCAAUUAAGAGAAUGUCGAGAACCAACUAUCAAGUGCUGAUGAAUGAGAAAUCCCUUCUGCGACUUCCAGAGCUGUAUGACAGCCGUGUUGUACGAUAUAUCGACUUUGCAGAGGACAACACAUUUGGAUAUCUUUGUCUUCAACUUUGUGAAUACACCCUGGAAGAAUAUAUCAAAGAUAAUGAUGGCGGUCUGGAUAAAAAGCAACUUGUGUUUGACAUUCUUGACAGUUUAAGAGUUCUUCAUUGUCAAAGGCCUCAAAUUCUCCACCGAGAUCUCAAACCACAAAAUGUUUUAAUCGAUGUGAAUGGAAGGGCAAGAUUAGCCGACUUUGGCAUUAGUCGACGUUUACCCAAGGGCCAAACAACUUACCACACACGUAGUGCAGGAACAGAAGGCUGGAUGGCCACGGAGACUUUAAAGGAUGAAGAUGAAGAUAAUGAUGUACGAUACAAGUGGAGCACUGAUAUACAGGUUGCAGGGAUGCUGAUUUACUACAUCCUCUCUGGAGGACGCCAUCCAUUUGGGGUAACCUAUGAACGAGUGCACAACAUUCAUAAAGGGAACUACAAGUUGGACCAUGUUCAAGAUGUGGUUGCAAAGGAUCUCAUCGAGUGGAUGAUCAAUAAAGAGCCCGAGAAAAGACCUAAAGUGGAAGAAUGCUUGAAUCACCCCUUCUUCUGGACCACCAAAAAGUAAAGUGUAUUUUUUUGUGG